AUCACGUUUUUGCUGCUGAUACUAAUUUCCGAUCAUUGAUGAUCCAUAUUGGCAGAUACAGAUCGUUUUGUUGUUUGAUAACACAGAUGGUCGACAAGCAUCCAGACUAUUUCUUUUUGCCACCGUCCCAACCAUCAUUUCAACCGCUCUGAAGUCUGUGAACCAUCAGCAAUUCUAAAUGUUAUCUUCUACUGACGUAGAAGAAUGACGAUUAAUUAUCUGUCGAUCAACUAAUCGAUGGUAAUAACGUGUCAAAUCUUCGGCAAAACAUGUUAGAGUUCAUGAUAAACAAAUGACUGAUUAAUCACUGAUUAAUCAGAAUAAUUAGAUAAAUGAAAUGUGUUUCCAGCUGUCAGUUCACUGUCACUACCAUGUAAUAUGAUCCACCAGAUGUUUCUCAAGUUAACGUGAACCGACUGUGUCGGCUUUGAAGAGAGCUCUCUGACAGCAAGGUGAAGAGGUGAAGACAUUCUGAAUAUAGCGUUCACUUAAUAGGAGUCUAACAUACGUCCACAGCAGAACAUUACUUUGCUCCCGUGCUGGUUCUCCUGUCUUUCUAUCAACUCAUCUACUGUAGUAGAACCCUGACUGUGGAGGAGAACCUACAGAACAUCCUGUCUAUCCCUUUAACAUCGUCCUGCCCUCGUAGAUCUUAUUGUGACUGUGAAGUGAAGUGCUGAAGUAUCCGGGUGUGACAGUGAACUUUAACCCAUAGCUCAGGUCUUUUCUUUCUUUGUCAUAUUACGUCUCUCUCUCUCUCUCUCUCUCUCUCUCUCUCUCUCUCUCUCUCUCUCGCUCUAUUAACUCAUUGGUUAAAGUUGAUCUUUCACCCUUCCUGCCUUCCUGCCAUUCUUUUCUGUUACGCUCCGUUUCAUUCUCCACCGUCCUUCGUCUCUUCUUGAGUUGACGACUGCAGUCGGGUGAUUUUUUACAUACGACAGAUCAUAAAACUGCUCUCUGUGGGUGUGUGUGGGAUGUCGUGUCAGGGCUGAAGCCCCUCCCUCUCCCAUGAGCCCGUGUGCCCACGCACACACCUGGCGCCUCCACGCACACGCCCGGCGCCCACGCACGCACAGCCGGCACUGACGCUGUGAACCGGGACCCCUCAGGAGCCCAGCGGAGCCAAGCGGAGCGGAGUCGAGCCCAGUUGGAGCCUGAGGAUGUCAACAGAGACAGAGCUACAGCCAGCGGUCCGGCCCAGUAGCAUCAGACGGGACUCCAAGAGGAAAGCAGGGCAGGAUCGCAGCGAGGCGGCUCUCAUCAGGCGUUUUAAGGGUGAUGGCGUCCGCUACAAGGCCAAGCUCAUCGGCCUGGACGAGGUCACCGCCGCCCGUGGAGACAGACUCUGCCAGGACUCGAUGAUGAAGCUCAAGGUAAGAAGAGUCUCUCUCUCUCCCUCCUUCUACUUUCUCUUUGUUGAUGCCGUCUUAAAUAAAAAAUGUACUCGCUUCUUUAAUUCACUUGCUUUAAGCUCGCAGCUAACAUGCAUCUUUGAAACGGCAUGACGUGAUCGCCUACAGCCGCAUUCAAUUCCAAAAACCUGUCCAUAAAUAGUUGUUCAACAUCAUGCAUAUUCUAAAGUUUAAAGUAUUUAAAUAUGCAUGAUUUGUACAUCACUGCACAACUUUGUGUCGGUGCAUGCAUGUAUAUUUUUUAUGCAAGCUGCCAGAGGAGAAAGGUGAAGGGAAAUGAGGACGCUUUAAUUUAUAGGCACGAUGAUGAUGAUGAUGAGUGCGGGAGGAAGUGAGGAGGUUAGCCAUAUGGAUGAGAAGGGAAUCGGGGUGAAUGUCUCAUUUACAAGGACAGGGACAAUUAGAGGGAGAGGUAGACAGAUGGGGCAGUUAGCAGAGGAGAGAAGGCAUGUAUGAGGGCAAUCAUUUGGAUGAUAGGUGAGAGGGAAUAAAGAUGAGGAGAAAUAAGCCAUUUAUUUAUUCCUUUAUAACUAAAGUCCUAAAAAAAUCAAGCUGAUUCAGAGAAAUAUUCUGCUACGCUACAAAUGGUCAGAAAACUUUAGGCAGGACUUUGCUUCUUUCUCCACAAAUGUCAGAAAUAGCGGCUCAUUCAUUAUUGUCUUUUCACACGCGGGAUCCACGAGCAGCAGGAGAGGUUUGAAUUGAGGAAAACUACAUUUACGUUUUGUUCAUGCGGAGUGAAAACUCUCUCCAGUCGGGGCGCGGAGAGGACAUACGGCUCAUUGAUCAAACAGCUUCCCUCCUCCUCAUCUAUUCAGACAGGAAAUCCAUCAACUCUUUUUCUCUGAUCUCCCCACCUCCUCCUUUCACACUGCUCCUCCCUCUCCUCGCCCGACUCUCAAUUCUCCUUUUGUUUUGUCACUUAUGCAAAUAGAGAAGGUAAACCACACCCUGAGAUACACUUCUGGAGUUAUGAAUCAGUUACAUUGCAUGUUGCAAGAUAAGUAUUUGCUGUACCUGCCUUGUCUGCUUUUCCAGUUUUUAUUGAUUUCCUACAUUUCCCACAAUGCCUCUCAACAGCCUAAGAUAUGACAUUAAGGUUUUGCAUUAAGCUGAACAGAGCAAACUUAAUACUGGACAUGCGAUAUUUGGGUAUGGGUUUGUAUGAAGUACUUCUCCAUAGUCAGUGUAUUACUACAGUAGAUGGCGGUCGGCAGUUUGGAGUAUCAGCACUGGAGAAUUGAAGCAUUUAUCUCGGUUCUCUUUAACGCUACCAGACUCCUUUAAUAAAAACAGUAAUUUGACCUCGUAGGACACAGAGUGUCUGCUCUACUGCUGC